UCGACAUCUCUUCUCCAACGAUAACAGCAGCAGCACCAUGCCCCCUCCUCCUUCGACGACGCAGGGCGCUUCCAACUGGGACAAGAUGAAGAUGGGCGCGUUGAUGGGCACGGGCGUCGGCCUGACUAUCGGCUUCAUCUUUGGGUCGUUCUCUAUCCUCCGUGGUGGCCCUGGACCCCGCGGUGCCGUCGCUACCCUUGGCCAGUACAUGGCUUCCUCGGCGGCCACGUUCGGCUUCUUCAUGUCGAUCGGUUCGGUCAUCCGCACGCAAGAAAAGUACGCCCUCCCCGCGUCGACCUCGCCCCAGGUCCUCAUUCACGCCCAGCGCGCGCGCUGGGCCGCCGCGUCGGAGCGCGUGCGCGGACAGCAGCUGUAGUGGAUGCAUCGGGUGCAGCAUGG